AAACGAUAGUACCCAUAUUUCCCAAACCUACAUCUGUAUUGGCAUGCAAGCUGCAGCUCCCAACCUAAAACCCUUAACAAUUAACACAAACAAGCCUCUCUUUUUUCGUCCAUGGCCACCAGGCGUUUGAGGGCAUUCAAGCGAUGGAUGAGUUCCAAUGGAUUCGAAUGGAGCAAUGCGUUGGAGUUUGUUGACACCCCGGAAGAGGGAAUAUCUGUUAGAGCACUGUGCCAACUGAAGGAAGGUGAUAUUGUGGCUAAGAUGCCGAAGGAGGCAUGCCUCACUGUAAGGACUAGCGGUGCGCGCCAGAUAAUCGAAGAUGCCGGUUUCGGCGGCUAUUUGGGACUUGCAGUUGCCAUCAUGUAUGAGAGGAGUUUGGGUGAAGAAUCUCCUUGGGCAGGGUACCUUCAGGUCUUGCCCAAACAAGAGUGUGUGCCAUUGGUUUGGACCCUCAAUGAAGUCGAUGAGCUUCUGCAUGGAACUGAGCUUCAUCAGGCAGACGGUACAAGAAGACAAAGCUCUUAUCUGUGAGGACUGGAAAGAAAAUAUUUUCCCCCUAUUGGAUUCAGCGCCUUCAAGGCUUAACCCAACAUUUUUUGGUAUAGAACAAUACUUCGCUGCAAAAAGUCUUAUUUCUUCACGGGGUUUCGAGAUAGAUGAUUUCCAUGGUUUUGGUAUGGUUCCCCUGGCAGACCUAUUCAAUCAUAAAACAGGGGCCGAGGAUGUGCAUUUCACUGCCUCAUCUAAUUCUGUAGCUGAUGAUGAUGUCGAUGAUGAUAAUAGUAACAAUGAUGAGGGCAUUGCUGAUGAAGAAGCAUUGGCUGAAAAAUCUUCCACAGAUACAACUGAUCUGGAUGCUACUCAUGUUGAGAAUGGCAAUGCUAGUGACACAGACUGUUUGUCGGAUACAGGAGAUGACGAUCCUUCAAUGCUGGAAAUGAUUGUGGUAAAAGAUGUCAGCAGUGGAGCAGAGGUGUUUAAUACUUAUGGGUUGAUGGGUAAUGCUGCAUUGCUUCAUAGAUAUGGAUUUACUGAGCAAGAUAAUCCCUAUGACAUUGUUAACAUUGAUUUGGAAAUGGUGAUUCAAUGGUGCUCUUCUUUGUUUUCUGAUCGGCACAGUAGGUCAAGGGUCUCCCUAUGGAGAAGGUUAGGCUAUUCUGCAUGCGGCGACCAAAACUCGGAAUAUUUCGAGAUUUCAUUUGAAGGAGAACCACAGACUGAACUCAUGGUUUUGUUGUAUGUCAUGCUGUUGCCGGAUAAUGCAUACCAUAUGUUGGACCUUUCGCUAUCGGUUGCCAGAUCUGGGCAUGAAUCAAGCGAUGCUAAUCUGUUGGAUGAUAACAUAUUCGCAAUCAAAUCAUGUAAUGUGAGCAAGAGAUCUCUGCUGACAAAAAAAGUACGUGAUGGUUUGUUAGCACUUGCAGACACGAGGGAGGGUCUCUAUGGUUUGGAACCAAUAGAAGACGAUAUUGCGCGACUGGGAAAGUGUAGUUCGGUUAAAGAGAGGAAGUUGUAUCAUUCUUUGAUGCUGCGCAUGUGCGAAAGGAGGAUCCUUCAGAGACUCAGACAUUAUGCUUCUGAGCCAUUUGAAAUCAAUAAUCAUAGUUCUUCAAGGAAGAAGUUGAAGUCAACAAAGAGAAAAAGAUAAUUCUUUUAUGUAGUCUUUUUUUUUUUUUUUCAAU